AUAAAAUGACUAAAUAACAAAUGAACAUGCUGUUCGAUGACGUCGCGGCGAGGACACGUCAGUAGAUGGCACAGAUGGCGUCUUGACCAGGAAGUGAGGAAUAUGUGCCGUUGACAAUCGAGGCAAAUCUUCAGCCUAUAGGGAAGAAUGGGUCGGCAGAGAAAAAGGAUUGUGACAAGUGAUGGAGCCUCUCACCCAAGGACGGAUGACAAACCGCCAGUCCCACAUCGCAAGGAGAAGAAAAAGAAAACGGACCUCGGCAAAGUGUUCAUUAACAUUUCCAUCGCUCUCUGCAUCUUCAGCCUUAUCUGGUUCUUCUAUGCUCUCUACAUGCGCUCAUCCCUGGCCAAAAGGGUGGUGACCCUACACACGUCCCCACGUGUGCUCGAUGCAAACAGCAGCAGUGCAGAAGUAUCCCCCGAGAGGUUCUGGGGGUCAUAUCGGCCUCAGGUGUACUUUGGCAUGAAGACCAGGAGCCCCAGUUCUGUGGUCACUGGACUGAUGUGGUUGCGUCAGUUCUCUGACAUGGACGUGAACCUCAGGCACACCUGUGAGCAGGGCGACAGGCUGCAGGGCUAUGGAUGGCUCAUGCACGAUGGCAUUAGCUUUGGUGUGCAGGAGAUCCGGGACAGCGACUUCACCCUCACCACUGAGUUUGUCAAACGCAUGGGUGGGGAGCAUGGCGGAGACUGGACGUGGAGGAUAACUGCCAAACAGCAUAGCUCUGCUGCCCACGCUCCAGUCAUCUCUCUCAUGUUCUACGUUGCCACGGACACCCAGGGGUCGCUGCAGGCGCACGUGGAGGAGCGGAAGCGGCUGAGCACGGUCACUGGCUCCUCAGAGGAGCUUGGCAACUUCAAGGUCACCUUCCGCAAACCCACUGCUGGAGAUGCCGCCAGUGGCAAAUAUGCCAGUUACAACCACCUACAAACAGUGACUCCUGGCUUGGAAAAGCUCACUGACAUUGUGAAGAACAGCCUGAACCGGAAGUUUGUUUUCAGUCCUCCAUCGGGCGAGAAGCGUCCUUACAUCGCAGUGGACACCUACAAGCCUCCCCACCACCACCACCAGCAGAAGCCAGCUGACACCAGGAAGGAGACCGAUUUUGUUGUUCACCAGGUUACAGUCCAGACACCCUUCCAGAUCGAGGUUCUUUUCGAGUCUGGUAGCUUUCAUGAUCGACCGGACCAGCUAGCGGGCUCUGUUUUGACCGCAGAGCUGGAGAAGAGGAAGGUGGCUUUUGACCAGAAGUUUGAGGACACGUUUGGCCUCCAGGCUAAGGGUUUCACCCAGUCCCAGGUCAAGUUCAGCAAGGCCGCCCUCAGCAACAUGCUGGGUGGUAUGGGCUACUUUUACGGCCAGUCAAUCGUGCAGUCGGUCUACAAUGAGUACCCCCUUCUGUACCCAGAGGGGCCACUCUUCACAGCCGUGCCCUCGCGCUCCUUCUUCCCCCGAGGCUUCCUGUGGGACGAAGGCUUCCACCAGUUGCUCCUCAGCAAGUGGGACCCUCAGGUGACGCGAGAGGCCGUGGCUCACUGGCUGGACCUCAUCAACGUGGAGGGCUGGAUCCCGCGGGAGCAGAUCUUGGGGGACGAGGCGCGGAGCAAAGUUCCCGGCGAGUUUAUGGUGCAGCGCAACGAGAACGCCAACCCGCCGACCCUCUUCCUGGCCCUGCAAGAACUUGUGGAGCAGCUGCAAGCUCAGCCCGAUGACCCCUCCGUGCAGGCCACUCUGCCGCUCCUCCACAGGCUUUAUCCGCGACUCCAGACGUGGUUUGAGUGGUACAACACCACCCAGGUUGGACCCUUGCCGAACUCCUACCGCUGGCGGGGCCGAGACAAGGACACCAAUCUCUUCCUCAACCCCAAGACGUUGACCUCGGGUCUGGACGACUACCCAAGGGCAUCUCACCCGUCGGCAGAAGAGCGGCACGUGGAUCUGCACUGCUGGAUGGCGCUGGCAUCGGGCAUCAUGGCGAAGGUGGCCCAGCUGCUUGGCGAGCCACACCAGGCGUACGAGCGCACGCACCAGACCCUCAGUGACAACCAGCUGCUGGCCGAGCUACACUGGUCCGAGCAGCUGCACGCCUUCAGCGACUACGGCAACCACACCCAGGCCGUGGCCCUGCAGCAGGAGAAGGUGUACAUGCCCCCAGGGCAGCCGCGGCACCAGUUCCCCGUGGCGCGCCUAGUGCGCUCGGUACGUCGCGCCCCCAAGCUGCAGUUUGUCAAUGCGCUGGGCUACGUCAGCCUCUUCCCCUUCUUACUGCACAUCCUGACACCAGACUCGCCCAAGCUGGAGUUCAUCCUGAAGGACAUGAGGGACCCUGACCGCCUCUGGACACCGUAUGGCCUGCGCUCGCUCUCCCGCACCGACCCUCUCUACAUGAAGCGAAACACAGAGCAUGACGCCCCAUACUGGCGCGGUGCUAUAUGGAUAAAUAUAAACUACUUGACUGUUAGGGCUCUGUACCACUACGGCAACUUGGAAGGGCCAUAUCAGGAACAGGCAGCUGCCAUCUACCAAGAGCUCAGGACUAACCUUAUCAAUAAUGUUUACAGACAGUACAUGGACACAGGUUAUAUAUGGGAACAGUACAACGACAGUACAGGUCGUGGACAGGGCAGUCAUCCCUUCACUGGGUGGUCGGCUCUGACUGUCCUCAUGAUGGCUGAACAGUACUGAGACUCACUGUACUUCUCUUGCUGGCAAGUUCCUUAAAGGUGCCAUCUUGUCAAUCCUGUUUCCUCCAAUGUGUCAGCUCAUGCCAUCAGAGUAUUUUCAUGUUUAGUUGGUGGUUUUGUUCUGAAGGAGUUACAUGACAGGCUUUUGUCUUCAUUUUGUCUCUUAAUUAUGGUUGAUGUCAGUUCACUGGUGUCCUGCCAGGACUAAAUUCACUUGUAAAUUAUUCAUAUUUUUUCAGGUGCCCUAAGUUAUGUCCAUUUUAACAUUUUUCAGAGGAUUCUGUCUCACAAAAGGAACUCAGCUGCGAUGUUUACAUCAGCUUGCCAAGUGCAUUUUAUACAGAAUUCUGAGAACAUAGCAAAAAGACAAUUUAACAAGAUUAAGCUCAUCAUUAACAGUGAAUUCGAAUCAUUAAGGUGAAGAUGCUAUGGGGUGCUUUUCAUUUAGUUUUUUUUUGGUAUCCCCACACAAUAUACAAGCCAUUGUCAAAUUUUCCAUCAGAAUUCAUUGCUUUUUUGACCCUGCUGUUGAACGAGCAAACAAAUAAAAAAUAAUCAAA